AUGCUGCCGCCAUCACAACAAAACACCAAUGAGCGUUACGAAGCAAGCAAACCAUCGCUUACGGCGGAAAAUCGUCGUAUCCCUGACAGUGUGGAAGCUUCCCUACUGUCCGCGAAGGAGCAGCUCUCCUUGCGGCUCGUCCUCUUCAGUGCACUUACAGAAUAUCAAGACGCACCCAAGGCACGAGAGGCAACAAAAAAUGCUGGACGGACGCAUCGAAGGGACUUUCUUGAUGCUUUCGCCUACCUGUGUGAUGUUGAAAAGGGCGGGGCCACUGUGACUGCUGCUGCAUUAGAGCAACUUGAGCACAGCAACUUUCUUUGGCUGGCCGCCAAUGAAGGAAUCAGUCAAGACGUGAAGGCGUAUGCUGAAACGCUACUUCGAGGGCUGCAACAACCUCACUUUCAAGGACUCGAAGAGUGGAUCUUCAGACAGGCUGUGACAAAGUGUGCACCAAGGAUCGAGACAUAUCAGCAGGGUGUAAAACAUCAUGCUACGGCAUGCAGAAUGCAGCUGAGAAUCCUGCUCGAACGCGACGACACAAUAGUUCUCCAUGUCCGCAGGAUCCUCAAAAGACUCUCGGAGCCCAAGAACCAAGACGCCGCCACUUUCGUUGAUUUCUGCCACAAUAUGAAGCCAAAAGACAUAUCGGAUAUUCUGACAGCUGGAGAGCAAGUUGGCGACCCCGAUCAAGAUUUCGAGAAGCUGAGGCACUUCAUCCACGGCCUCGCGGCGACUCGCGCGAAAUCGCAUGUUGUUGUUGAGGCGGCACGUCUAGACCCAGCACUACGGAACAUCACUGAAAUCCGGACAGUUCACGCGCCGAGCGAAGUCCGGCUUCGAAUGAGCGCAGAGAUCUUCAAGCCCUAUGACAUCGUCUGGGACAUAUGCAAAGCGUCCCAUAACCAGUACCACAACCUCAGCGCACUCCACGCAAUCGUCGAGCGGGACUCGCCGCUUAUGAGGGUAACUCUCCGGUCGGAGAUGGCAAGAAAAGGCCAGUCCACCAUCACGCGAGUGCACGCCGAAUUGCAGGUUGCGGAUCGGUUCAGCCGGGACAAAAUGGUCUUCCUGGGAAAUGACAGGUACAUUGGGUGCAGCAAGCCCGCGUGCUACUUUUGCUUCAAUUGGCUCAAGUUUCACCACAAGAACUUCGUUCUCCCAGCGACGCACUCAAAGAUCAUCAUUGGUUGCAGGGCACCUGAUGAUGGUCUACACGAGCCGGGUGCCAGGAUCCUUGCGGAAACAUACGCCAAGGUCUCUAACGGAGUAGGCGAGGACAUCCUGAAUUUUCUUCUUAACAGUCCUGGCGGGGAAGGGUCGAGACCUCGGAGGCUGCAGUUUCAAUCUACCGAAGGACCGAGUCUUGCGCCAUCGACAGUAGGAUAG